GUGCGUCGUAAGAAGAGCAGCAGCAGCAGCAGCAGCUCCUCUGCUACGUCAGUGAACGUCACACAGCACAGGACCUUCUCUCUCUCUCUCUCUUCAGUCUCUUCAGUGACUCCCUGCACAGAGGAAAAGAGAAGAAAACCUUCGCGGACCGAAAGGAUCCUGUGUUUGAUAAGAAAACAGUGGAGCUGAGCUCUGUCCUUGGUGCUGAACUGAUCAGCUGACACUCAUCCCCACUGCACACUCAUGUGCUUGGGCCACUCCUGAUAGCUCCCAUUUCUAAUAGCACCUGACCACCACCUCAGCACACCCAAGAUGGACGAUGACGGACGCUACAGAGACAGCCGCUCGGACUUCGUCCGCGGCGCCAAGGACAUUGCCAAGGUGGCCAAGAAGCAAGUGGGGAAGAAGAUGGGGCGUGGCGUGGACAAAAUGGCGGAUGAGUACACCAAACGCUCGUAUAAGCGCUUUGAGGAGGAAGAUGAUGACGACGACUACGCCGCCGCGCCAAGCAACGACGGUGGAUAUUACCGCAACGACAGCAGGGCCAACGACGACGAAGGCCACAGCGACUCCACCGAAGGACACGAUGAAGACGAUGAGAUAUAUGAAGGCGAGUACCAGGGCAUCCCGAGGGCCGAAUCAGGAAAGGCUGGCACCGUGGACGGGGGGACAGCGGCACAGGCGCAGCAGUUCAGGGAUCUGUCAGCCUAUGAGAGCGAGAGGAGGAAAGACCAGGAGGAGCUGGCUCAGCAGUACGAGACCAUCCUGCAGGAGUGCGGUCACGGGAGGUUCCAGUGGACGCUAUACUUUGUCCUGGGGCUGGCUCUGAUGGCGGACGGCGUGGAAAUCUUUGUGGUCGGCUUUGUGCUGCCCAGUGCUGAGAAAGACAUGUGUCUAUCAGAGCCCAACAAGGGCAUGCUGGGUCUGAUUGUUUACCUGGGGAUGAUGGUUGGAGCGUUCGUGUGGGGCGGCCUGGCUGACAGGAUCGGUCGACGGCAGACCCUCCUCAUCUCCCUCUCCAUCAACAGCGUGUUUGCCUUCUUCUCGUCCUUCGUCCAGGGCUACAGCUCCUUCCUCUUCUGCCGCCUGGCUUCGGGUGUGGGUAUUGGCGGCUCUAUCCCCAUCGUGUUUUCCUAUUAUUCUGAGUUCCUGGCCCAGGAGAAGCGAGGAGAGCACCUGAGCUGGCUCUGCAUGUUCUGGAUGAUCGGCGGUAUCUACGCCUCCGCCAUGGCCUGGGCCAUCAUCCCACACUACGGCUGGAGCUUCCAGAUGGGCUCGGCGUACCAGUUCCACAGCUGGCGUGUCUUUGUGUUGGUGUGUGCCUUCCCCGCUGUGGCAGCCAUCUGUGCCCUCACCACCAUGCCUGAGAGCCCACGCUUCUACCUGGAGAAUGGGAAACACGACGAGGCGUGGAUGAUCCUGAAGCAGGUCCAUGACACCAACAUGAGAGCCAAGGGUUACCCAGAGAGAGUCUUCUCUGUGACCACCAUCAAAACCGUCAAGCAGAUGGAUGAACUGGUGAAUUUGGGUGAAGGUGCUUCCUGGCACCUGAAAUGGAGGACAAAGCUCACUACGCUUUUCCAUCAGGUGUGGAGUAAUUUCCAGACUGUUUUCUCACCUGAAUACCGCCGCACCACGUACAUGAUGAUGGCUGUGUGGUUCUCCAUGUCCUUCAGCUACUACGGUCUGACUGUGUGGUUCCCCGACAUGAUCAAGUACCUGCAGAAGCAGGAGUAUUCGUCCCGCACCAAGGUUUUUGUCAAGGAGAGAGUUGAACACGUCACCUUUAACUUCACGCUGGAAAACCAGGUCCACCGUCAGGGACAGUACUUCAAUGACAAGUUUAUGAACCUGAGAAUGAAGUCUAUGGUGUUCGAGGACUCGCUGUUUGAGGAGUGUUUCUUUGAGGACAUCACCUCCAGCAACACCUUCUUCAAGAACUGCACCUUCAUUGCCACCCUCUUCUACAACACAGAUCUCUUCAAGUACAGGUUGAUCAACAGCAAGCUCAUCAACAGCACUUUCCUGCACAACAAAGAAGGCUGUCUGCUCAGUGACGUCAGUGAUGACAAUAAUGCCUACAUGGUCUACUUUGUCAGUUUCCUGGGCACGUUGGCCGUGUUGCCAGGCAACAUUGUCUCUGCGCUGCUAAUGGACAAGAUUGGACGCUUGAGGAUGCUAGCGGGCUCCAGUGUCAUCUCUUGCAUCAGCUGUUUCUUCCUGUCGUUCGGCAACAGUGAGUCAGCCAUGAUUGCUCUGCUCUGCCUGUUCGGGGGAAUCAGCAUCGCCUCCUGGAAUGCUCUGGAUGUUCUGACUGUCGAGCUCUACCCGUCUGACAAGAGAACCACAGCGUUUGGCUUCCUCAACGCCCUCUGCAAAUUAGCAGCCGUGCUGGGCAUAAGCAUCUUCACCUCGUUCGUCGGUAUAACCAAGGCCGUGCCCAUCCUCUUUGCCUCCGGGGCGCUGGCACUGGGCAGUUUUCUGGCCCUCAAACUACCCGAGACGCGAGGUCAGGUGCUGCAGUAGUGUGGAGGAGCCGACAGCCUUCGCUCAAGAGUCGUCCAGGUCUCACCUUCUAACCCCUUUGACUUUACUGAUAUUAAGUAACAACACACACGUGUGCUUGGCUGUAAAUAUUUAGGAUUGGUGAUUAUUGGAUAUGUAUCCAUCCAUGCUAUCAUUUUAACGCCUGAAAAAGCCCGGACUAAUUACCCAUGAAUACAGGUUAUUAGAUAAGGGCAGGUCAGUCAGAUCUGCUCUCACCUGGGGUUAGAGGUCAGAUCAUGGGGGCUCUUGAUAAUGAGCCAUGCAAAUAGACUCUCACCUCCAUAUUUGAGAGCAAAUGACCUUUUAAGUUUUGACAACUUUGCCAUUGACAUCUCUUUUUUUUGCCUUGAUUUGAAACAUGAUGGGGGUAAAAAGCAAGACACGCCUCUCUUGUUUUUCCCCUUGCCCAAGGUCUUGUGUUGAUGAUCAAACUGCCAUUUGAUAUAUACACAUAUAUACAUCAUAGAACAUUCCAGGUUUGUUUGAGUGCGAUUUCCCACGUAAAGCACAACCAGUCGUCAACAAUGUUUUAGAGACUUGAAAGAAAAUGUUCACAAUCUCACUCACGUCAUCAUUUCUUUCCCCCUUUGUAAACACGUUUGUCUCUUGUAACGUGUUUAUUGAACUGUGACUGAAUCUUAGACCCCUCCCCCUUCCUUUGAGCAUACGGCACAAGAUAUUUUCACUUAAAUCAUCGCCUUGCACUUGGACGUAAUCAAAACUUUAAAGAAUUAAAAAAUAAAAUAUUCCAAGUAGAAAGACUUCAUUUAUAGUUUGGAUGGUUUCAAGUAAGUGCAUAAAAGAUGGCAGAUCAAUUCUAAUUGUUUGUGUGACCUGAACGUUUAUAUUGACAUGAGUGUGAUAUUUAAAUCUGAUUCAUGUAUUUGAUAUUUUUUAUUUCCCAUUUGGCAAACUAGUUUACUCAUGGAGUGGCAGUUGUUUACUGAUAGCUGUAAGUGAGAGAAUACUCAUUAGCAUUUGAUCGUGGAAGUGGGACACCGAGUCCGAGUUGUUGUAUUUCAACUUUGCCUCAUGUGUCUCAUGUGUCCACGGGACACAGAACAUGCUGGGACAUUUCCAAAUGGGGACCCACUUCUUAGAGAUGGAAAACUAAUGUGACUCAAAUCACAACAGCAAUCGUGACGAGAGCAAAUUUGAUAUUUCAUUUAAUCAUUAAUCAUCAUUUAAUGGUCAUUUACAGCCACGUCUGUAUUUGUUUUUACUUGGCAAACACGUUUCCAGUUAAACUUUGGGCUAUAUUCAGGCUGACCAUACGGAUCCUUCUUUUCUUAAAGUAUAUAUAAAACAAUCACCUGUAGAAAUAAUUUCCUAUAAUCUCCAACAUUUAUUUAAGCUUUGUUCCUACAACACGUCUCGGAUUACAAAAUUGGAGUGUGUUGUCUCACUGGUCAUUUUCCACUCUGGCUUCACAAAACUAUCUAAUCUUGUUUCCAAAUUUUAAGGGCAAUUUCAGGGCACUGAGCCUCAAUCUCCCGUUAAUUCCUUACCCUGCUGCAUGGUGGGGAUUAAAUGAUGGAUGAUGUUGCUUCUUUAUUCACCCGAGAGAACUCACUGCCAAGGGCUGAUUGUCAUAUUUCCCACUCACAGAUAACAGCACAAAGGCAGCAAGAAUAAAUGCCUCCUCAACCCCCGAUAUAAAAAAGGAAAAAAAAGAGAAAAGCAAUCAUUGAAACGUUAAGAACUGUUUUGUUCCAAACUGCCAUUUUGUAGGAUAGCAGCCAUACAUAGACUCAAGACAGUUGGAAAACAAAGUAGACAUUGCACUAAGUGUACCCUGUAGUACAUGCACAGCUGUGAAGGCCUUGUCCUUGUUUGUGAAGUCCUGAGGAACCAGGUGAGGGUUCGAGCAAGAGCACAAAGACCAAAACCUACCGAAACGACAAUGUUGCAAACAUGAGUGCAUGCAGCUGCGACGACCUGCCCCCUACAUGUCACCGUCUCACUCUCACACACACACACACUCAUUUCUCAUUUGACCUCUGACCCAUUAGUGUGCCAUGAGUUGCCAAAUGUUUUUUGUAUGGCCUGAGUUUACACGUUACACCAUCAAUUAUCUGUAGUAGAUAUGAAUAUAUGUAAAUAAAAAAGAAAUGAAUGAAAAAAAAAAACAAUCUAUAAUGUAAUGAAUAAUAUAGCUCUUCACACCUUCUGACCCUGGGAAACAAUAAUAUUAUAUUGACGUCAGUCUUUGUCGGUUCUCAGCCAUUAGUUGUGUAAAAAAAAAAGAAAAAAACAAAUCAAAUAUGCUUUUAUUUUCACAGCUCAUGUGAAAAGUUUUCUUUAGGAGCCCACUUUUUUUAUUUUUAUUUUUUUACUGCAAGUUCUGUAAGCUUCAGAAGCCAUGGAUGGCCAGACAGUAAAUAUUUGCCCUCCUAAAAAAGCACAUUAUUGACAGUAUAUAAAAGCACAUUAACUGUACAAAUAUAAAAGCGACUUGCUGUGUGUGGUCCGACUUCACCCAUCGAAUCAAAAACAAGGAUGUCAAGAAAACUGUCGUAUUUGUCCGACAUGGAAACGCUAACCCAUGUCAGUGAUCGGUCCAGAUCGUCUCCCUUAGAUACAUAUCUUAUGUUACAGGGUCUUUUUAUAUAAUUAACCUUGUUGUUUUAAGCAACAGUCCAUCGUGAGUGCAAAAAGUUAACAAAGCAAUAAGUGUGUGGGUACUUUGUCUCUUAUUCUCUCCUCCUUUGUAGCUCAAGGGAAUCGGAGCACAUUAAUAUAUAUAUCCAAUGAAAAUCAGAGUUAUCAGCUCAAUAAUGACAGUAAUCUCCAAAACAAACAACCCAAGGUCUUGAGGCUUCUGUCAAUAAAAUUGCAUCGCCAUUAAAUCAGUGUAACAAAGAAUUUGAUCACCUUUGUCAUUGUAUUGUAACGUAGAAACCGUAGUCAACUGUUUGUAAGUAUAGACGCUGUUUGUGAACCAUGAAUACGAAAAAAGUCAUAAAAAUAAUGUGUAAAUGAACAAUAAUGUAUGUUGUCUUUGAGUUUGUGCAUUUUUUGUAAAUGAGAAUGGAACAUAAGUGAAUACAUCAAUGUUAAAUACCAGUUAUGAAUCAUAGUUAGCUUCAGUGUGACGACACCACUUCUGUUUAAAGGUGUGUGAAAGGUGUGUUUUUUUUUCUUAUAUUUUCUCAUUUUUUUGAUGGGGUUUACACUUUGUUGUGAAAUUGACCCAUUGGAAUCACAAUGGAUAACAAAGAACUAUGAAAAAUAAACAAGUGGAAAAAUAAUAAUA